AUGAGCGCUCAAGAGUUUUUGGCCAAUGUUGAAAGCGGCAUCGUACCUGUGACCUGCCAUGAGGAUGUCUUACGGAUCGCAUUCAUCUAUCUAGAUGAAGGGCUGUGGACCGACAACGGGGUGUUUGAUGUGGUGGAGAAGCUACACGCGCAUGGCUGGUCCUUUGGCCAGGGUGAGUUACGCUUUAACCGUACCCUGGAUGUAUUCUACCUCGCACAGCUAGCAGCAGCCAUCUACCGCCAUUCCUCCCAACUGGAAGGGGACUUCCCUACCUUCUCUGAAUUCCCUGCCUUCUACACAGCCCACCACGCCCUCCUGCACUCCUCCGCCUGGCGCUCCUACUACUCUAUCAACUUCCUCGCCCAGCGCACCACAGCGCGCUUGUACCGCCUGCCCGACCUCAAGGACCUCCCUGACUCCUCCUCCCCACUAUGCCAGCCGUGCCACAGUACGGUCUCCGCAAACGUCCUGAAACUCCCCCGCUGGGCCUACACUGUCUCAUGCACGCGACGCAGGCAGCCCUCUCUGCCAUUUGUAACUCUUACUGUAGUAGCCCUUAGAACGCUAGAGGCAACCAUGACACGCCUGCUCACGGCCCACCCCAGCGCACCACCCUAUUCAGAAUCACAUGCGCGCUUCUGGCUUGACUAUUUUACUCCUGGUCUAUCUUCAUCUCGGCUACCUAAGAAAGCUUCCCGGGAAGCAUGGGGACCUAAUAGCUUUGGGAUAUUGGUCGCGCAGGGAAAGUAUGAUAUACACAGUAUAGAAGCAGAGUACCUCGCACAGGUAUCGGGGGAAAAGGUUGCCGAGGGAGAUGGCGAGUCAGAGCAGGUGAAGUGGUGUGGAUUGCCCGAUGGAGGGAUUGGAGAGCAGGCGUGGUGGAGGGGUUGGGAGGAAGAGGUCGGAAGUGAGGAGGAGGUAGAGUUCCUAGCCGCUGUUGCGGUGGAGGAGACAGUUGGACUGGGACUCAAAGGAAUGGAAAUGGAUGAGUUGGACUUGUCAAUCCGGUCACAUAUACUACUAGCGGUUAUGCAGGCUGCAGUGAUGGACAAGCAGGAGAGGGAACGUUCCCUAGGGGAGCUGGAGAAGCGGAUGGUGCAGAAGGGGAGGAUUAGCGAGGAGAGGGCAGGGAGGUGGGCCAAGGAGGCCUUGGAAAUCAUGGAGCCGUAUGUACGCAUAUGGCAGGGCGUGUGGCCUGGUGCAGAAGAGAGGGAGGAGACGCUGCGGCGGAUCUUGGUGGAGAAUGCGCAGCUCUUUGCACGCUGGAGGAUGUCACCUCUUUUAAAGCAGUUCGCUUUUGAGCUAGGGUCGAGGGAGUAG